AUGAGUAAUAGGCGAUGGGAACGAUGGGCUAGAGAUCGAACCGGCGAGAUGGGUAAUGGGUUCAGUGAUGCGGCGGCAAAAGUGGAGGAAGAGGGGGGAAGGUGGACUGCGCGCGUGUCCACGGGAGGGUGGGAAGAGCUGCAACGGCUUGGCAAGUUGAGUUUUAAUGUUGUUGGCAAGAUUCUACAUGACUGGAGUGAUGAGCAUGGACUGAAAAUCUUGAAAAAUUACUGGAAAGCUUUGCCUGCAAAUGGAAAAAUGAUACUGGUAGAGUACAUGCUUCUGAUGGCUCCAGAAAGCAUACAUGCAUUACAAAGUGUACUACUUCAGCUGGACAUGAUCAUGUUGGCUCAUAAUCCUGGUGGUAAAGAGAUGAGUGCACAAGAAUUUGAGUCCAUGGCCAAACAAGCUGGUUUUACUGUAAUGAAACCUCAUUUUAGUUUUGUUGAUAUUUGGCUUAUUAAACUCUAUAAGUAG